CCGCACUCCCAGCUCGCAAUAAAGUUUUUCCGUGUGUGUGUGGAGCUGAAGAUGGCGGCCAGCUCGGAGCGUAGUCCUCCGCCCUUCCCGGACUCAGAGGAGCCCGAGCUGCUGGAGGACAGCGACACCGACGACGGCGCGGACGUGUUCACGGGCACGUCUAUAUCUGAAAUGGAUUCUCCAUCGCCUGUUGACACAUCCAGAACUCCUAAAGACAUCUUCAACGAGCCACCGGAAGACCUCUUCAGCGAUCCACUGAGCGACACUAAUUCCGAACCCCAGAAGAACGUAGACACCAAGAUAUCCUCUCCUGUUAGCGAUGAAGAUUCCGACCUCUUCAGUGACCCGCUGGAUGAUGAAACCAAUAUCAUCAGUCCUACCGAGUCCAAAAAUCCAGUUCCGGAUCUCUUGAACGAGUCUCAGAUCAACAGUGAACCGCCAAAGUCUGAUGUCAUCGUAGAACCGAGUGACAUCAGCAAACCCGUCCACAAAACGGAUGUUGGAGAUCGUCGGAAGGAAAUUUUCGAAGACCUCCCGAUAGAUGGAAACAAAGGCGUAUCCAUUAAGACGGCAGCAAGCUCGGAGAUGAUGGAUUUCGAUGAUGAUGAGGAUGACGAAGAUUUGUUUAAAGAACCAUUUAAGGCCGUAUCGCAGAAACCUGGUGGGCCACCUGUUGAUGUUUUUACCAAGGUGAAAUCGGAAGGGAAGGGUAAGGCGCAGGGUAAAAACGCCCCCGACGAUCUUUUCACGGAAGAGGCCGUAACAGCCCCCGGUGCCAAAUCUUUAGCGGGCGCCGUCUCCAAAACCAACGGGGUUCAUUCUGAAGAGCAGGAUCUCUUCACGGAAGCCACGGUGGAGUUGUCUCUGGACAGUCCUCGUAACGACCGCAAGAUGAAAGACAUCGUAAAACCAGCGGUCUCGACUCCUACCGCCCAUGGGAUGAGCGCCUCUAGUUCCAAAGCACCGUCUCAAACUCUGGAGGAGUUGGAGGAAGAGGAGAGCGAGGACAAGUUUGAUCUGAACAUCUCCAUCACGAAUCCAGAGAAAGUUGGUGAUGGUAUGAACGCAUAUAUGGCCUACAAAGUUUCAACACAGACGACGUUACCCAUGUUCCGCCGCAAGACGUUUACAGUGCGCAGACGCUUCAGUGAUUUUCUAGGAUUGUACGAGAAGCUCUCCGAGAAACACUUGCAGAACGGAUACAUUAUACCUCCGCCGCCCGAGAAGAGCAUUCUGGGUAUGACUAAAGUCAAAGUGGGGAAGGAGGAUCCAUCUUCAGCUGAAUUUGUGGAGCGGAGGAGAGCAUCUCUCGAGAGAUAUCUUCAGAGGGUUGUGAAUCAUCCGUCUCUGCUGCAGGAUCCUGAUGUGAGAGAGUUUUUAGAAAAGGAGGAGUUACCUCGUGCGGUAGGCACACAGGCCUUGAGUGGAGCCGGCUUCCUCAAAAUGAUCAACAAAGCCACAGACGCUGUUAGUAAGAUGACCAUCAAGAUGGACGAACAGGACGUGUGGUUUGAUGAGAAGAUCCAGGAAGUAGAAAAUGAAGAACAGCAGUUACGGAAGCUUCACCUGAUGGUGGAAUCACUCGUCAGUCACAGGAAAGAGCUGUCGGGGAACACGGCCGUGUUUGCGAAGAGCGUGGCGAUGUUAGGCAGUUCGGAGGAUAACACGGCUCUUUCCCGAGCUCUCUCUCAGCUGGCGGAGGUUGAAGAUCGGAUCGAGCUGCUCCAUCAGGACCAGGCGUCCAAUGACUUCUUCACCUUUUCGGAGCUGCUGGCCGAUUAUAUCCGACUUCUGGGAGCUGUCAGGGCGUGUUUCGAUCAGAGGAUGAAAUCGUGGCAGCGCUGGCAGGACGGUCUGAACACGCUGCAGAAGAAGAGAGAGGUGGAGGCCAAAUUAUUGUGGGCCAAUAAACCCGACAAACUCCAGCAGGCCAAGGAUGAGAUAACAGAGUGGGAAUCAAAGGUUACGCAGUACGAGAGAGACUUCGAGAAGAUUUCAGCCACCGUUCGGAAGGAAGUCAUACGUUUUGAUAAAGAGAAAUCUCGGGAUUUUAAGAGACAAAUCAUCAAAUAUAUGGAGUCUUUGCUGCUCUCACAACAACAGAUGAUAAAAUAUUGGGAGGCGUUUCUGCCGGAAGCAAAAGCAAUCGCGUGAAGCUUUUUCACACAAACACACACAGAUGACUGAGGCCUUUUCUAUAUUCUUUACCUCUCGCCUUUAAACAAAAACUAAGAAUAAAACGCACCGCAAAAGGGAAACGAUCGUCCUGCCGCUCUUUACUUUAUGUAAUUCUCACCUUUAUUUUCUUAUCAUGAUUCUUUAUUUGGUGCGUUUGGGGGUUUGUGUUUAUCAUCUGUAUGCAACUAUUUCUUUUUCAUGUGAGGAGCAUUCAGUGUUAUUAUCUCUUUCACAACAGGGUAAACAGGGUGCACUUUCAAAUCAUAUUCAUCUGCAUUGAUGUCACUGCUUUACACUAGAGGGCGCUCUGCUCUCAUUCAAACACAUACACAUGCACUUAAACAUUUUCCCAUCUGCUUUGACACACGUUUAGACCUGUCAUGAAGUAGUUUUUUUAAUGAGGAAAUUCAUAGAAAAUGUUGCCCUGUCUGGAUUCACUCCAUCCAAAUUUGCCAUAUAUAGCAUGUGAGCAAUAAAUUACAUUAUUAUAAAUAUUAAAGUUAAAGAUGUUACAACGUCUCUAUCCAGCAAUGUAAUCUGGCCAGUGGAAAGAAUUAUACAUAAACAUAUAUCAGCACUAUGUAUGUUGCUCGCUCAUAGAUUUUUCUUUUGCAGGCCACUUUUUUGCAGGACCUUUAUAAUGUUGAGGAGCGAAAGAUGGUUGUGUCAUAAAUAAUGUGUGAAUGUUUUUUCUAUGGUUGAUUUAAUGCACUUCAAAAGAGCUUAAAAACCUCAUUCCUACGGCAAAGUUUUAUAUCAAAACCUCAGCACACCGGACGUUCAGAGCACUUCAGUCUUAAACUUCGCUUUAAGAUCUGUUGUCUGAAACGAUGCUCCUCGUUCAUAAUUUCAUCAGCUUUUUCCCUCUUUAAAGCUUUUUGUUUUCUAUUAUUUUUAGAAAAUGUAUGCCAACACAUUUAUUAUUGAUUUGCGUAUAAACACGUUUGUGUUUUCAUGGCAUGUUACGAUUAUUAAACCUUUGCUUUUUCUACUAAUAAUGAUAAAACCAUUUUCUACAUUGCGCUUUUUUUUACACAUUUUGCUGCUGUAAAGACAUUACAGAGUUUUUUUAGGUUCUUUUUAGUGUUUAUUAUGACGUGAUUGUUAGUUCAGAUCAUAAAUGAUAUUUUGGGCCCUGCUGACAGGUUAACAGGUUGGACUCCUGAGGUUUUUUUGCCAGGGUUCACCUUUAGGUGCCAUAAUAGUCAAAGUUUCUUUAAUAGAAAGGCAUCUAUUUUUCCACUGUGGAUGCUUCCUUUAAAGAAAACAAUAAAUAUUAAAGUACAAAUGUAAA